GCUUAGUCAGUAGUAGCGCUGUCACCGCGGAGUGCCGACGUAGCCGCCCCAACAACACCCCCGUUUGAUAUGUUCCGAUAGCCCCGCAGUACUGACUGAGCUGCGGACGGGACCCCCGCUAAAAUUAUGACUUUUGGAUCGAACGUCGGCGACGAAGUUAGUAGCAGAUAUCACGUUCUUGGAGAGAAAGUCGGGAUAGUGUCCAGAUAUUGGGAGAUUUCAGGCGCCUCCGCAGCCGUCAGGCCACGCUACAGAAGUAAACUGAGGCUAUUGGUCGCGCCUUUUGGACUGUUAUAAACUAACAAACUUCCCUCGGACUCUAGGCUAGUGUUAAGUGCAAUACGUGAACUGUGUUUUUGUGUUUUUUUAAGUUUUCUAUUUUUUUCGGGGUUUAUUUUUUCGCUGAUACAAACGAAAAUGGUGCCCCAACAAGUGUCAGAUGUGCGGUCCCUGACACCGACGUCCAGUGGAUUGCCUGUGUUCGGCUCCCAGUUGGUGGACAAAAAUUCAUCCACUCCGUACACGGAUGCCACACAGACGAAGAAAAACAACCCAAAUCACAUAAAGAGGCCGAUGAACGCGUUCAUGGUCUGGUCACAGAUCGAGCGCAGGAAAAUAUGCGAGCAGACGCCAGACAUGCACAACGCCGAGAUAUCGAAGAACCUCGGCCGCGUGUGGAAGACCCUCAACGACGAGGAGCGGCAGCCCUUCAUCGACGAGGCCGAGCGGCUGCGGCAGCUUCACAUGCGGGAGUACCCCGACUACAAGUACCGGCCGCGUAAGAAGACCGCCAAGUCCGACAGGAGUGGCACGCGCGCCGGGUCCGUCCAGAAACCCAAGCGCAAGCAACGCGCCGACUCGAACAACAACCGCGGCGUGUCGCGGCGGCGGCGGCCGGCCCCGACGGUGCCCAGCGUGCCGGUGGACACCCCAGCUCCGCCUCCGCUGCCGGCCUCCCCCGCCGGCGCUCCCGACUCGCCCGAGUCCGCCUGCCUGUACGAGGAUCAUACCAGGCACAAUCAGGCGGACCUCAAUGACCUGUACUCCAUCACGGACCUGCUGCCGUUCCCCGACUGCGAGGUCGACCUGGACGCGCUGACGACGGAAAUGGAUUCCUUCGAGACCGCCUCCUCGUCCUCCGGCUCGCACUUCGAGUUCUCGUGCACUCCAGACGUGUCGGACAUGCUGAGCGAGAUCGGCGCGUCGAGCGACUGGGAUCACACGUUAGCUUCGUACCUCACGUCGUCUUAGACCGGCGCAGGGCCGCCUCGGCCGCAGCGGCCGGUUCCACUGAUCUCAUGCGGUCGGCCACAGGGCCGGCCCACGGAGGAGCCGAUGACGCGGCGACCGCUCGCCGCCCCGCCUAGAGAGUGCCUAUCCCAAAUGACGUGUCGACAUUUGGAAUUAAUGUACAAAGUUAUUUAAUAAGGUUCGACGUGUGUUGAUUUGGUGAAGCGACCACGGUCGCCGUUCUGGUUGCGUUCAAGAUGUUUACGUCGACCGACGCUCGGAUGCGGGAUUAUCAAGGCUGUGAGUUGGGUUAUCGUUCGCUUUUGUUUCUUUAAAUUUACUUUCGACACAUGAGAGGGAUUCCAAGGGCACGUCUCAGACGCAAAUGAAACGAUCCGUCUGCUGUCCGUCGCUAGUAGUGCACGGGCCGAGUUGAUGUCUCGGCGCGCGCGCGUCGCCGCGUUUGCGCCGCCCGGGCACCGCGUUAUCGCGUCCCUACUUUAACUACGUGUACUUUACAAAUUGCUUCUAGAAGAUACAGUAUAGUUUCGCAAUCAUCAAACUUCCUUUUUAUGUUAAAGUUCGUACUUUUAAGAUCGGUUAAUGAAUUUUCUUUCGUUCGUAUACUUUCGAUAACUGUGUUAGGAUGUGCAUUAGAGCGAUAGACGUUUAAGACUAGUACAUAGUCGCGGUUAUCUUGUGUUAUAUUUUAUUGUAGGUACUUUAAUGCACAUGUAGAUGAUAGUGAACGUAAUAUUUUACUUUUGAAAGAUAUGUCAGUGGGUGUAUCGGAGUGAGAUGUCGAGAUGGCGCGUGGCCCCCGCCACGCUUGUUCGGAUCGGUCGCGCGCUCCACGGAUUCCUUUCCUUUCGCUGUUAUAAUCGAGGCUGUUCGGAGGCGGCGCGACCGCUUCCUUGUUGUAUUCCCGUGGCGGGGUCCGUCGGGAGUGCGAGAGGGUGUAAAGUUAGGAUACGUAUAUUAUGUAACGUUCAGUAUGGAUAUUAUGGCACUUUUGGAUCGAUGCGAAGGGACACUUUAUUUUCAUGUAUUUCGUCACAACACAAACAUCUAUAGAUUGAAUGAUACAUAUCACGAAAGCAUUAUUUUGCGGAAAGUUGAAUGUUAAUAUUAUCGGACGGUCAAAAAUUAGAUUUCAUGCACUAUUUUGCUGUUUCACUGUGAUUUACUUUUACGGAUGUUCUAAAUUGUAAGGUCCUUGUGGAGACUGAUAUAAAAGGUAGAUUAGUUUAUAGCAACGCUAGCUUCUCUGACUUGUUUUGUUUAUUUUUUAAUACUGGGCAUAUUGUGGACAUGAAAAAAUACAAUCUUAUACAUAUUUUUGAUAUAAUGCUUUACUGCGGAACGUGGAUUUAAAUUCAAAAAUCUUUACUGUUUCAUAUAAAAAACAAAGCAAAAAUUCUAUGAAGUGUUUCGGUGAAAAAAUAAAAAAAUAUGAUUAUAGAAUAGUUUCGUUUUCAGAGACCCGCGCUCCGCAGUACAACAACACUAAAUCAUAAUAUUUUGAAAAAUCUUUCGCUAAGUAUUUGUCAAUUCUGUGAAAAUGGUGUCAGUUAGUUUAGAGGUAAUAUUGUCUGAUAUAACCUCCUACAUAUAAGAUAGUAUAUAAACAUUUCAAAACAUAUGUUCUGAAAGUUAAUUGUAGCGUACUGUGUCCCAAACUCGGGAGGGAUCCUUUGUGCUCUAAUCGGCGAAAAAUAAAAAUGCUUUACUUAUAACUAUAUUCUUAUAAAUUAUAUAUGUACAAUAAUAUAUUCAUGUAUAACAUAGUACGUGUCUAUAAAUCCAUAUAUAGAGAACUCUUAAAGUAUUUGGCUCUGUAGUGUAUGUAUGGAAAGAAAUUUUGUGCCUAAUAAAAAUUAAAUUGGAACUCUUCAAACUAUAUACAUUUAGUGUUGCUCAAACAUAUUUUAAGCUGGUAGCAUGUAUAGAUAUUGGAACUAUAUGUAUAGUAAGAGUAUGCCAGUCUUGCAUUUCCUGCGUGCGUAAAAUCUGAUGGCGUACAGGGUGCUCCCAAAACGCUAGUAUACGUUUUAAGUAUACUUCAUAUUGUAAAUUAAUAUUGCAUUAAUUUAGAUUACUGACGUUAAAAAUAUGCCGUCUUUUUGCAAAAUUAUUAUUUUCACAUUUAAUGCUACUUUUCAAAAUUUCCGAGUAAUCUUCAGGCAAUGCUAUUUAUGCUGUAUUUUCAAAAUUUACCUUAUUUAAAACGUUCGAUGACAUAACCUUUACAUUCGAACAAUUGCUAUAUAGGUAUAACGUAAAUGAUAAUACUAAUUUAUAAUUGGCAAUUAAUUUUAAUAUAAAUGUGGGUUAUAUGCUAAGAGUAUAUUAGGGCUUUAGCGAACUAAUUUAGGCUUGUAAUGAUAAAAGUAUACGAUAUUUUCGCGAUAUACCUACGUCAUCAGAUUUUACGCGCGAUCUAUGCGGUAUCUUCACAUUUUCAAACUUUGACAAUAAAAUAUAAUUUUUUUCGCUUUUGCAAGAGUUUGGAACUUCCAAAACUUCCUUAUCUCGUUUCGAAUGUGGUUUACGUGUUCACUGACACUUGUUUUUCUGUGUUCAUCGCAAAUAUUGUGAACCAACGACUAAAAGCAAUAUUAAAUCUCUAUUUAUAGUGAAAAUAACGCUCAAAUUAGUGUGUUAACGUCUCUUCUGCUAAUAAAAAUUACGCCAUCUUGUUUUUUUAUAUUACACAUUAAAACAACAAAUAAAUUUAAUCUUUUUGACAAUAGUCUAUAGGAUAUUUUCGAAAUAGAUAUGUAAUUUCUGAUAUGGUAAGGUAAAUUCGCUUUUGAAUUUGAAGCACACGUGUAUUUUAAACACGUCUUAUUUUAAAAAAUACUUUAUGCUACACACUUUUUCAAAAUAUCCAUACACAAGAGACUCAACAUUAAAUAUUUCUAUGUAUGAACUAUAAUCGUAUUUCCCAUCGCAAGUAAUAAUACUUGUGAUACUUCAGUAUACUAUUUUUCAUAUCCCCCUAUAUAUGUAAAUUUCGAACGCAUCUCUAAUUUUUAUUAGCGGGGAGAAAUAUAUAACCCCAUAAUUAUUUAAUAAAAUAACAUCGAAUUUAAAUGUUAAAAGUAAUGCUUCAAGUUGUGGAUAUUCAAUAAUUGGAUAAUCAGGGUUUUAAAUUUUCUUUUAGGUGUAUAAAUGAUAUUGAAACGCCUCCUUGUGGAUCUGUCUAAUACUUUGCUAGGCUUUUUCUUCAUAGCCUAUAGAGGAGUCACCCUCCCUAUAGAGAUAAAAUUGUAUAUAUAAUAUGUACGUAUAUAAAAAAAGUCAUAAAGCGAAACUGUGAGAAAAAUUAGAUGUUAUAUUAUAAGAAAAAAAUAAAUAUCAUAGGGGACGUAGCUGUAGAGUAUACAUCGGUAUAAACAAUAUUAUUACAUUCAAUAUAUGCUUACGGAAUCGCUAUUGGAAGUGACUAUCGCUAUCUGUAGAUAUAUGUACUCGUUUUUGUAUGCGACAGCGAUCGCAGGAAUACCCAGGAGUUCCAACCAGGGAUACAAAGUAUCCUCCAAAAACACAAAAGCGAACUGAUUUAUGAAAAUCGAUUCAGCUUUUUCUAAUCCAAAAAUGGGCUCCGGAUGUUUCCAAAUCUUUGUACAGACAAACUCUGAACUGUUUAUGUAUAGAUAAUACGAUUCGAUUAAAAUAUAUGUUAAUAACAGAACUGAAAAAAAAUCGUUGAUAUUGUUAUGUUAUUUGAAAAAUUAAUUAUUAAUCUGUGUAUUAUAUGUAUGUAUUGUUGUUUUAAUGUAUAAGUAUCUUCUAUGUAUAAGAUUCCGAUUUCAUUUUCAUUCAGAAUACAACGAACUUGAGUUUAUAAUUCCGAUACGUUUAUAAUUGUAAAAUUACAUAUAAUCGGUGUCUGUAAAAUUCAUAUGAUAUUCAACCUUUCUGAGUUCGAAAUAGAAUACAAUACAGUUUUUUCAACAUUUACAAACUAAGAUUCAAAUUCGCAUGUAUUUUAAUAACGACAUUUUAAAUUCGAUUUUAGUAUCGAAUUCUUGUCAAAAUAAAAUGUCAUUUACGUAAAAUACGUGUGUAAUUAACGACAAUAUUUUAUUCAUUUCGAACUCAUAGGAAGCCACAAAGGUACAGUAGUGAUGAUUAAAUCAUUCGUUGUUGAGGUAGCUUUGUCAUUUCGUGUAUACUUAACUUUAAAAGUAAAUUUAAUACAAAUGAUUCGCACAAUUUUAAUAAAUUAACUUACAUAGGAUUAAAUAAAGAUAAGCGAACAAGUUAGUGUUACUCGUGUUAGCUUCAUUCGUUUAUUGAUAAUUUCGUGUGAUUUUUGAAUUUUCGUUUGAGACAGUGUCUUGUUAUUGAAACACCAGUGUGUGGACUGCUUCCAACUUUUACAGCAACCAUUUCGAAGGCUCACACACCGGGGCAGUCAAAGCGGCACGGAUUGUUGAAGUUUCCCAUUUUAAAAAUACACGUUGAUUGUAAAUAAUUAGAUGCAAAAUAAAAUGGUCCAUUAAUGUAUGUAAUAUUAAUGUUAGGAUCUGAGUGUAUACUUAUAUUGUAUGCUUACACAAUGCCAAAAUGUUAAUAAAACUUGAUAAUGUCCCGUGAAUUCGAUUUCUUAUCAUCGAUAUGUUAACGUUACCAACAAUUAUACAUAGCCCUUCAUUUACAAGUAUUCGCUUUAUAAACGUUUCUAUGUAGCAUUUGAUUCCAUUUAUAAUCAAUCGGGACAAACUUGAUCGUCGUUGUUUCACGUCUGAGUUACUCGACGUCCGAGUUUGUCCUACGUCUGGGUUCAUCCUUGAUCGUCGGAUGUGGUUCGGAAAGAGUUAACGGAUUAUCUUUUCCGCUAUAAUCUAGUCUUUUGAAAUUUUUCGAACAACUGCAUCUGUCUGCUUCCUUUUCCUUCGCGUUUCCUUAAUGAUACCUGAUUACGAAAUACCAAAAAAAGAAUAAAAAAAGAUGCUCUUAUAGAAUGAUCUCUUUUCUGUGAACGCCGAACGGUAGUUUUGGCUUACCAAAUAAAUUCAUUUUUUAACGGUACCAAUUGUACAUAUUAGACGUAUGUCGUUUUAAGCUAUAUAAUUCGAUUUUGACACGCUGGCAGGUUAGAAAAGGAGUGACAGAAUGUGUUAAAACUAUAUUGUUUUAGAUAUAUAGUUUGCGUUUAUAAUCACUCGCAUUUUAUGUGCAUUACGGAAAUAUCAUGUAAAACUUUGAAAAAAAAAAUGCAAUUAAAAAAAAGAUUUUUUGAACACCCUGUACACUCAACCGAGAGAUGUCACUCCUUAUCAGCUGCCAUGCCAGGCCGUAAACCGGACCUAGGUUCGAUUCCCGAGAUCAUACCCUCGGUUGAUGUAUAAAUUAUUAAUUUUUAAUAUAAGAUACUUAUAUUAAUACAUACAAUGUAUUAAACAUUAUUUUAGUGUAACAACAUGGUAGUUUAUAAUUAAUGUAAUUAUGUACAUUUUGUAAUGUUAUAGGUUAUAACAACCGCAUAUAAUAUGUCUAUAUUAUAAGAUUAAAUUGGUUUUUAAAAAAAUAA